AAAAAUAUAAGUAGCAAUUUUAUUGUGAAAUUUGGAUGAAGAACGUCACUCCUCUUGUUAUCUUCUUUCUCUGCACAGUUUUUAGAGAGAGAAUUUUGGAUUUUUUUGCUUGAAUCUGACGGAGAACGAAUUCGUUCGUGUGAAGCUGAGAUACUGGUAGCUGCCGGAAAACGUAGUCGCCGGAGACAAUGGCUAUCGGCGCCGUUGUUUCUAACCGGAAUUUCGGUGGUUUCAUCGGUUCAGGCAGAGAGCAGUAUACAGUACAUCACCAUGGAGAGCAAUUGGGGUUUGCUGCUUUGAAGUAUGUUCAGAGGAAUAUGUUAUACAAUGAGCGGUGUCGCUCAAGGAUUGGCUUAUCGCACUCGGGUUGCAUAUAUAGCUCACAUCCCCAAUCUGUUGGACCUUUGGAUGGUAAAUCUUUUGGAUCGGUAUCACCAUUUUAUGUUGAAGUCGUUCUACCUAACCGGUUUAGUGGAAAGUCUCAUGUCAUCAAUCCUAAGCGAAGAACCAAAAGAUGGGAAUGCUAUCUUUCCUCUACCGGCUCAGGUAACAGUUGGAUUCAACCAAGGAAACUGGAUAAGUUUGGUUUCAUUGAUGGACAAAAGCAGCAGACAAAGCAUGCUGCAGUGAAUAGAGCCCAAGCCGACUUCAAAUCUGAUGGAUAUGACAUAACUGGAGCAUUGGGGUCUCUUAUGUCAUCGGAAGGGGCAAGUGAAGCCAUUUUGGUGGAAGGGGUUGAGCAAGCAAAACCAUGGUGGGAGCAAUUUCCAAGAAGAUGGAUUGUUGUACUGCUGUGUUUUGCUGCAUUUUUGUUAUGCAACAUGGAUCGUGUAAACAUGAGCAUUGCAAUUCUUCCAAUGUCAAAGGAAUUUAACUGGAACAAUGCUACGGUUGGUCUCAUCCAGUCAUCCUUCUUCUGGGGCUAUCUUCUCACUCAGAUUGUUGGAGGAAUAUGGGCAGAUAAACUUGGUGGGAAGGUAGUGCUUGGCUUCGGAGUUGUCUGGUGGUCGAUUGCAACUGUUUUGACUCCUUUUGCUGCCAGACUUGGACUGCCGUUCUUACUUGUUGUGCGUGCCUUAAUGGGUAUUGGGGAGGGUGUCGCAAUGCCUGCCAUGAAUAAUAUGCUCUCAAAAUGGAUUCCUGUCUCAGAAAGAAGCAGAUCUCUUGCUCUAGUGUAUAGUGGAAUGUAUCUUGGUUCUGUUACAGGAUUAGCUUUCUCUCCUAUUUUGAUCCAAAAAUUCGGAUGGCCAUCUGUAUUUUAUUCCUUUGGUUCCCUUGGAAGCAUCUGGUUUGCACUCUGGUUGACCAAGGCAUAUAGCACUCCGAAAGAUGAUCCAGGGCUUAGUGAGCAGGAAAAGAGGCUGAUCUUGGAUGGAAGUGUCUCUAAGGAACCUGUCACUAACAUCCCAUGGAAACUAAUUUUAUCAAAGGCACCUGUCUGGGCCCUCAUUAUCUCACAUUUCUGUCAUAAUUGGGGAACAUUUAUUCUACUGACAUGGAUGCCUACAUACUAUAGUCAGGUUUUGAAGUUCAACCUCACUGAAUCUGGACUAUUCUGUGUAUUGCCAUGGCUGACCAUGGCCGUAUUUGCAAAUUUAGGUGGUUGGAUUGCCGAUACACUUGUGAGCAAAGGAUUCUCCAUAACAUCAGUUCGUAAGAUUAUGCAAUCGAUUGGUUUUCUGGGCCCUGCUUUUUUCCUUACGCAAUUAAGCCAUGUGAAGACUCCUGCGUUUGCAGUGCUGUGCAUGGCGUGCAGUCAGGGAUCGGAUGCCUUCUCUCAAUCUGGCCUCUACUCUAAUCACCAAGACAUUGGACCACGUUAUGCUGGAGUGUUGUUGGGAUUAUCUAAUACUGCUGGUGUGCUAGCUGGCGUCUUUGGUACAGCUGCAACCGGAUACAUACUACAGAAAGGUUCUUGGGAUGAUGUAUUUAAGGUUGCUGUUGUAUUAUACAUCAUAGGCACGUUAGUCUGGAAUUUCUUCUCAACCGGAGAGAGGAUCCUCGAGUAGAUAAUCUUUGUUGCCCAGUGAAAGUGCAAACGAUCAUAAAAUAUAGUCAAGAGAACAAGAGUUGCCUAUGGGAAGUUUCUCCUUAAAGGUGCUCUCUACUAGCAUAAAAACUUUGAACCAUGCUUCGUUAGUAGCUAUCUGGGUAAUUUGACCAUGUAAAUGUUGUUAUGUUUACUGGCAUGAAUUUUCCGUAGAAGCCUGGAGACAUUUCUUUAGCCAGAGUAAUUUCCAUCAACCUCUAUACUGUUA